CGAAACUCCCUGCCUUUAAAAGUAACCAAAACGUCGAGCAUGGCUUCAAUUUUGAGGUCUUCUAAAUUCGUACGGUAUAUCGCUGGUUUUGCGAAAAAUGUGGUUGUCAACACGCCUCGGGAGUUCGACGGUACUUUAGUGAACACCACGCAAUGUUUUUGCGGAGCUUUACCAAGAGCUUUGGCCACACAAGCUCAAGCCAGUGGACACCACGACCAAACCUUGGAGAAAAACUUGAGAAGAAUUGAUCAAGAUGUAAGAAAAAGUGGAAGAAUUUCACGUAGAGAUAUAGAAGAUGUUUUAGAAGACAUUCGAAAUGCCAGAACAGCGACAAGUUCACAAUCUCUGCUUGUUAUCCGAUGUUGUGGUAACUUGGUUCCUGAAGAGUUACCGGAAGUGAGAACAAAACUAGUCCAAGAAAUAUGGAACACAUUGCACAAAUUAAACGUCCCCAUGGACGUUUCUCAUUACAAUGCUUUGCUGAGGGUGUAUCUUGAAAAUGAGUUUGAAUUUUCGCCGACAGACUUUUUGAAUAAUCUUGAAAGUAAGGGGAUUGAACCAAACAGAGUCACUUAUCAAAGAUUGAUAGCUAGGUAUUGUCAAGUUGGCAAUAUUGAUGGUGCCACUAAGAUUUUGGAGUACAUGAGGGAGAAACAGUUGCCAGUGAACGAAAAUGUUUUUAAUGCCUUGAUUGUGGGGCAUUCACAAGCUGACGACAUGGAAUCAGCCUACGGGAUCCUUUCGGUAAUGACUCAAGCAGGCUUGGAACCUAGCGCGGACACUUACACCACCCUACUAUGCGGCUACGCGAAAAAAGGCAGUAUGUCCGACAUAACCAAAAUCUUCGACGAAUGCGAAUUGAAGGAAGUGUUCCUAUUGGACAAGGACUACCUCGACAUAAUAUACAGCCUGGCCGUGAACGGACAUGCGCAGCACGUACCGGAGAUCUUAAAUAAAGUUCGCAGAGCCAUCGGUUACAAUCAAGACGCCAUCAACUUGAUUUUGAGGUUAGUCAUCAAAGGGCAAGACGAGGCGGCGUUCUUGGUGCUGAAGUCGAUGACAAGGGGCUCUAGAUCCGACGGUACCCCCUCUCCAACGGGUCAUUUCUUCGUAAAACAACUAAUAAAAGCCAACAGACCGUUCGAAACCGUUUUAUCCCUCUGCAGAAAACUCGAAGCUGAAGACAUGUACGACAGAGCGCUUCUGUUGGCAGCUGAAACCAGCUUGGAGCUGGGCAACGACAAACUGGCCUAUCCUCUGCUGGAAGAGCUGCAAAAAGGCGGCACGGAGGUCAGAACGCACUACUUUUGGCCGCUGAUAAUGUCGAAAAACAACGACAAAGAUAUCGUCGACGUUCUCAACAAAAUGAGGGAUUUCAACGUCACCCCGAACAGCGAAACCAUCAGGGAUUACGUCAUACCGAAGCUGAAGGGCAAGAGCACCGAUAUAUUGGCAACACUGCGCGACGCAAACGUGUCCUUGGGUUCGUCUGCUUGCAGCUUGGUGCUGUCAUUGUUGCAAAGGAACGAAAUUGCCGAGGCAGCGGUCAUAGCGGGCAGGGUUGCCGCCUACUACAACCCGGAGUUUAUAAAGCGCCCUCUAACGGUGGCCUUUUACCGCACCAAGGACAUCGAAAACUACAUCACUCUAUUGAGGGUGGUCUACGAUAAUUUGGAGAGGAAACAGCAGAUGGAGGGCGAUCAGGUGCCGCACGAUAAAGACGAAGUGGUCGGCGAAUUUUUGAUCGAUUUGGCGAACAACAAGAGCGCUUUUCAGGAAAACAUCGAACGUGUUUUGGGAGAGGUCGUGAAACAAGGCCUGAGCAUUUCCUCGAGCUCUGCUCAAAAAAUUGAGGAAAAACUGGGCGAAAAGAUGACCGAAGCCAUCUCCGACCUCCUGGGCAAACUUACAUCUGGCGAUUUAACCCCGAUACCGGUGGAAAGAAAAGCGCCCACCUACACGCCGUCGCACCAGAUGAACCCGGCGCAGCUGGAGAGGCUCAUCGCCAACUUGGAGGCGAAAAAGCAGGAGACGUUGGGGUUAAAGAGGCAGCUGCUGAUGCUCUACUAUAGAAGCAAAGAUUUGGAGAAAACCGAGGCUCUUAUUAAGAGUCUAUCGGGCGAGGAGAAGUUUGUUUUCUCCAGCGGAGUGUACGCGCAGCUGAUGGACAUAUACGCCUCCCACGAUAAAGCCGAUGAAGCUAUGGAGUACUUCCGUAAACUCGGGGAGAUGGAGAGCGAGAACUUUAAGAUUGACGAGUUGAAGGUGGUCAGAUUGGCUCAGGCUUUGGUGAAGAAUGGUAGGUUAGAUGAAGCCAUUGGUAUUCUGGAGAAUACGGCUACGGAUAAAAAAAAUGAAGAGCACGGUUUUCCUUUCACGUCUUGUAUGUGGAGGAUGUUGAACUCGUUGGCCGAAGCGGGGAAAACGGAGGAUUUGGAUCGGUUGUUCGAUGUGCUGGUGAAAAAGGAGUACAUGGAACCCAACAAUAUACUUCUAGGACCUCUAAUCAAAGUGCACAUAGUCAAUAACGAUAUUGACAAAGCUUUGGAGAAGUUCGAGUGGUGCGUGAACCAAUUCAAAGCUACCCCGUGGAAGAACGAGUUAGCAUGCAAACUAAUAAACUCAGAGGACGCAGAAAAACUCCAAAAACUCACAGACCUGAGCACGUCGGUGCACGGGGAGAUAAACAGUCUGUACGAUUUGGUGUUCGCUUUCGUGGAAUGCGGUAGAGUGAGGCAGGCGAGGAAGAUUCUGGAGACGCCCGGGCUUCAAAGCAGGCACCAAAGAAUCAACACGGCCUGCGAGAGGUACAGAAACGAGGGGAUGUUGACGCCUCUGGAAGGUCUGCGCGACGCCACCAAAGACCUGAACCACAUCGACAGAUCCGACAUAUACUACCAGCUGCUGCUGAGCUACAUCAAGACGGACGAGCCGGAGAAGGCGCUGGGUCUGUGGACGCAGAUGCAGGAGGAGGAUCUGCCCCCGUCCGAGCAGUUUUUGAGGACGUUGGGCGGCUUCCUCAAGAGGAAAAACCUGCAGGUGCCGUUCGCGGUUCCCGCGGGCAGGGAGCAGUCGAGGCAGAGGAAACCUCAGGCGCAGGCGGCGCCGGUAGCCGCCAGGGAAGUGACGAAGACGCCGCAGCAAAUUUUGCGGCAGAAGUUGAAGGUGGGCGAGAUAGACGGCGCGCUGGAUAUCUACAAGAGGAGCGCGGAUAAAUUCGCCAUCGCCGACGUCUCGAGUUUGAUCGAGAAGUUGACGCAGAACGACAGGGUGACGGACGCCAAAAACAUCACGUUGGAAUUGUUGGACAAAGGAAGCAUACCCGUAAACAGAGUGUUCAGAUUCCUCCUGAACAAGUUGGCAGCAGCCGGCGAUUUGGAAACCUUAAACCUGAUCGGCACGAAAAUAAGUCAGGAAGCGAAACGUUUGGUUUCCUUCGACAACAGAAUUUGCCACGCGAACCUAGUAGCUGGCAAAGCGGAGGAGUACUUGCAGCAUUUGGAAAAGGAAAUCGACAAUGCCUCGGAAAAAGAUGUCGCCUCCAUUAGCGAGAAGUUCCCGAGAGGGGGCGCUUACGGCAUUUUGGAAAGGAACCCCGAACUCAUCGAAAAAUAUGAAACCGUAGCUAUAAAAUACGCGAAAAAAAACAUUGUAGCGCCUUUGAAUGUUCUGUGGACGCACUAUUUCAUUCAAGGAAACUUUGAUAAAGCCUCCCAAGUUUGGAGGGAUUUCCUUCAAAAUUCUCCUAGGAUAAUGUUCCAGAGGAUAGUGCAAACGGCUAGGGAAAAGCAGGACGAAGACCUAACCAAAAAAUUAAUAGAGCACUUAAAAAUCAGUAAUGUUACCGAAGGGGCUAUCGGUAAUGCGUACAGUUGCCUUUUGGAUAUUUUGCAUCAAAAAAACAAGGAGGAUGAAUUAGUUAAUGCGUUUGAAGCGGCCAUCAAAGAUAUUAAGAUUGAGAGUUUAAAUAGGACGGCCAUAUUUAGAGUUAAGGAAGUUUAUGACAAGUUAGGUAAACCUUUCAACCACACUAUUCCCCCAAAAGUAACCAAGACGGGAACAAUCGAUUCCAGUUCCUCAUCAUCAGAUGAUAAAGCUAAAAAAGUGAAUAAAUAGUUUGUAUAGUUUUCGUUUUAUUUACUUCAAAUCAUCACCCAAAGAUUCAUUAUUUUAUCUCAUUUAUUAUUCCUAUUACUAAUUACUUAAUGUUGUUUUUCAUC